UGUGACGGCACUAACCCGUGUUUUGCCUGUAGUUUAAAGCAACACGAUUAGUAUGAUGGCCCUGCUCCUACUCACCACUACGGGGUAUUUUUAACAUAAAUCAGCUUGCGUGCAUGCGUGCGUGCCAACCCAUCCUGUAGUUAUUUCUAUAUUCGUCACCGUUUGGGAAGAAAGGUGGUUUAUCUUACGUAGAGACUGUUUAGACUCUUCAUGAUCACAAGAUGGUGGAUGACAUGGAAAUUUUGGGUUGAAUCCAGAGACUGUUGCUGAAUCCAGAGAUUCAUAUUUGGACCAUAAAUAUAAGACAGUUGUGAAAGGAGAGGAUAUAUUAUGAGUUUGAUGCUACGGAUCUACAUGCGGUUGUUGGACUGGGCAGAUGUUGUGUACCAUUUUAUUAUGAGUUAUGACACUGUGACCUUACUGUCAGUGGCCUUCUCGAUAAUCAUCAUCAUUAUAAUCAGUUUCUUCACGCGACUGGUGACAAAGUUUGAUGAGGAAACAAAAAGGCAACAACAACAUCAACAGCAGCAGCAGUGGGGGCAGGAAGGGUACCAGCCCAGAGAAGUGACAGUGUACUUGAAGGAGCUGAGAGCGGAGUCGUAUCAAGAUCUGGUCUUGCGUUCUCCCAGAGGGCAUGUCACAGUGGUGCUCUUCCUUACUGAAGAUACCCGGCAGAAACUAUUGCAGCGUUUUGCUGAUAUUGUGUUGCCCUAUACACGGUCAAAAUAUUUUGUAUUUGCUUUCCUGAGGCUGGAGGAAUAUCUCCCUUGGUAUAGACUUAUAUUAGAGGAAACCAUAGGGCAGCAGGCACGUAGCUUAGAAAUGAACAGUCGAAACUGUAUUGGUACGGUUCUUGCCAUCAAUGGCUUUAGGAAAUAUUACUGCAUGUACCACGCAAGGACGGUGCGAGCAUUUGAAAAGAUGAAUGGUCAAAAUGGCGGCAAUGGGGAGUUCAUGGGGUUCGAUUCGGAGUCCGAGAGUGACGCGGAGGAUAGCGUCUCAGAUGAGACUGAAGACCCCGGAGUGCUGUUUGAAAAGGAUCUUCUCGAUGGACUACCGAAUUGGUUGGACAGGUUUGUGGAAGGGACGCUUCAGAGGUUCAAGGUGGACAACUGGCCGCCGGACAUGGAACCUUGAAACUUCCCAUCUCAUGGACUUGUGUCUUGUGUAAUAACAUCCUUCUGGAGCUGAUAUCUUCCUUUCUUUUUCUGGGCCAAGGACACUACAGACGUUGGGCAUUUAUAUAUGGGACUUUGACACUAAUUACCAACGUCAUGGAAGAAAGUGUAGUUAAAUCCAUAUCAGAAUCUCUGUAGCAGGCAUCUUCCUUUUUGUUCUCUUUUCAUGGAUUCCCAGGGGCACGGAAGGGGUUGAAGGCAGACACUUCAAACCCUGAAAUCCCUUACAUAAUGGAACCAGGUGUAGCAUAAGACAGAAUUCUUCUGUGGGUUUAUCUCUCAGUUUUUUGUGUAUUUCUGAGUAAAGAGAAAUGGCCUGACUGUGCAACUCAAUUCCAUUGGCAUCUUGUUUAAAUGCUUCAGUGUAACUUGUCACCCAUACCUUUUAUUACUUUUACCCAAACAAAUUCAAAUGUUGGUGGAUUCUGUAAUGGUAGAACAACAAAGAAACUGUUGUUGGAAAAUUGAUCUUGAGUUUCAGACCAAGAUUUCAGUCAAUUUCUUUAAACUGUAGAGCAGUCCCUUGAAAUGGAGUAACUAAUAACUAGAACCAGUAUUAAAUAUGUCCUUUAAUGGGUUUCUACUCCUGUAUUAUCUUGGGACAAAGGUCACUAAAAGAUCUUGUCUCAGAGUCUGAGUGCUCUCCUCUCUCCCAGUCCAGUGGGGCCACUCAGAAUUAGGCCUAGGGAUUGUAUGCAAUAUUGAUGUGUAAUUUUUAGAAAUAUUUCAGGAAAAAAUUGUACUGUGUAUGAUUGCUGUUCUGUAUUUCGCUUUAGGAGUUAAUUUUUUAGCAAAUUUAGGUAAUUUAAAUGAAAAGGUUUUUUCCUUUUCUUUUGAAUUUCCUGAAUGUGGUACAGUGAAGAUAGUACUCAAAAAAAAAAAAAAAAAA